CACUAUAUAGAGAGCUCUGUGAGCUGAUCAGAGAGAAAGCAUUCUGCCAGCCCAGCUCCAACAAUUCGCAAUCAUUUCCUAACAUCCCCUUUUUAACAUAUUUGAUCACUUUGAUUCUCUGUUCUUUUUCUUAUUAUUUUUCUGCGUAUGAAGGAGGUUCUAUAGGUUGUGAUCUUUUUGUUUUAUUAUCACUUGCUUGUCAGAGAGUUGACUUCAUAUUUGACUAAAGCCUUGGCUUCAGCUGCGCGCUGCAGCUCGCGCCACCUCACAAGAAGAAAAGGGAGAAGCAGCAAUAUUUUUUUACCAGUUGAUGAUUUUCUUCAAGACUUGAGCUGGAACUUGAUAUCUCUGCUGCUAGUGUGUAGCCUACAUCAAUUGUGUGUUUUAUGCUGCUGUCAAGUAGCCUACCUUCAACUUAGGCUAGCCUACUGGUCCGUUUCUUGAAUAGGCUACCUCAUUUCAUUAUCGCGAUCAUUUGGUAUUUUUUCUCCCUUUAUGGGUCUCCUGGAUGGCUGACUGCAAGCGCCCCUGGACUUGGCCUCUAAGCGCAAGGCUGCGAUUCAGCUCGCUAUCACAUCCGUUUUAAAACGUGUGAUUCGCAUCGUCUAUAACAGCAAUACGAUUUGACAUUUUCGCAAGAUACAACGGACAAUCGACAACAGUAGGCUUUUGGCAUUUAUUUAUUUGACUAUUAUUUUUUUUAUAUUACAACGUGCAGCAUUCUUCUGAGAGAACAAGCAACGCGAAACCAAAAACGGCAGACAAAAAGUUUCCUUACGUUGACUGAUAGAUAUGGCAAUGGUAGUGUGGAGAGGCUCCCAGGACGAUGUGGCUGAGACCCAAGGUACCCUUUCUUCGCAAUCUCAAGGAGGACUAUCCCUUCCGACCCCGCAGUUGAAUCUGUCAGGCUCUCAGGUCGCCCCUCCGACCCCUCAGACACCCGUCCAAGGACCCCCAAACAACACUGCACAAUCCACGCCGACGAACCAGACAACGCAGUCGGAGAAACAGCAGCCACAGCAUAUAGAAUGUGUGGUUUGCGGGGAUAAAUCUAGUGGUAAACACUAUGGCCAGUUUACUUGCGAAGGGUGCAAAAGCUUCUUCAAACGGAGCGUACGAAGGAACCUCAGUUACACAUGCCGUGCCAACAGGAAUUGUCCCAUUGACCAGCACCAUCGCAAUCAGUGUCAGUACUGCCGCCUCAAAAAAUGCCUGAAAGUUGGCAUGAGACGGGAAGUUUCUCUUUUUACUGCAGCGGUGCAACGGGGACGGAUGCCACCCACACAGCCACACCAUGGUCAGUUCGCAUUGACAAAUGGGGACCCACUGCAUUGCCAUUCCUACUUAUCCGGAUAUAUCUCUCUACUGCUGAGAGCGGAGCCCUACCCAACGUCCCGGUAUGGCAGUCAAUGCAUGCAACCCAACAACAUAAUGGGCAUCGAGAACAUAUGUGAACUGGCGGCCAGGAUGCUGUUCAGUGCAGUGGAGUGGGCCAGGAAUAUCCCCUUCUUUCCAGACCUUCAGAUUACUGACCAAGUGGCUCUUCUGAGGUUGACCUGGAGUGAGUUGUUUGUCCUCAACGCUGCACAGUGUUCUAUGCCUCUCCAUGUGGCUCCACUUCUGGCGGCGGCUGGCCUACACGCCUCCCCCAUGUCUGCGGACAGAGUGGUGGCCUUUAUGGACCACAUUAGGAUCUUCCAAGAACAAGUGGAAAAGUUGAAGGCUUUGCACGUUGACUCUGCUGAAUACAGCUGCUUGAAGGCCAUUGUGCUCUUCACAUCAGAUGCGUGUGGCCUGUCAGAUGUGGCCCAUGUGGAAAGUUUGCAAGAGAAGUCCCAGUGUGCCCUGGAGGAAUAUGUUCGAAGCCAGUAUCCCAACCAGCCAACACGAUUUGGGAAGUUGUUACUUCGCUUGCCUUCGCUUCGCACUGUCUCUUCGUCGGUUAUAGAGCAAUUGUUUUUCGUCAGAUUGGUAGGUAAAACCCCAAUUGAAACCCUCAUCAGGGAUAUGUUGCUUUCCGGGAGCAGUUUUAACUGGCCUUACAUGUCAAUUCAGUAAGCAGAAGGAAUGAACAAAGGGGUUAAGACUACAAUGGUUAGCACUUCUUUUGUAGAUGGAAAACGGCUGUUACAAGAGCUUACUUACGAAGAAAUGCAUUCUCAUAAAUGACUGUGAAUUUUAAAAUUGAGACUUUCAGCGAACUUUCAAAAUGCCGACAAAAGCUCCCAGUGUCAUUCGGAACAACUUGCUUCUUAUCCAUUUUUACGAAGAAAAAAAAGAAAAGAGACAAAAAACAAGGAAAAGGAUUUUGAUAGUCCUCAAA